GGCCCACACAUCGUCUACCAUCCGCACACGCAGACAUGUCGCUCAGAACAAGACACUCGACAGUGGCAUCGACGCCGGCCCGCGGCACACCGGGUCGUGCAGGCACCGCCGCCUCAACACAACGAGCGCCCACAAACGAACUCCCACCGUACGAACCACUCCAACACCCCUUGAGCAUGGCUGGCCGAGACAGACUACGACAGCUAGCGCUCCCUCUGAAGUUCCAGCAAAACCACAAUCUCCUCGCCGAAGUCAUCUCCUGCCUGAGUGAAGCAGCCGCAGAGACAAACGAAGCCCUGAGCAGCAAGGAAAAGGCACUGGAAAGAGCUCGUUCAAAGGCCGCCAACGACGAAGAUGCCGUCGCCAGCCAACAACGUGUGCAAGAUAUGGAGAAGCAAUUUCAAGAGCUGCAAGCAAAAGUCGACAGCAUGACGGCGCAAAUGGACAAGGAUGUGCGCAAGAUGAUCGACGCCGACAGCACGAUUGAAGAAAUGCAACACACCCUCACCGACCUCAUCAAAGACGUUUCGAACGCCAGCACUCAGCGCACCCAACGCGCCGAGCGAGACACGUCUGAAGAAUACUAUGACUUCGACCCCACCGACCCUACAAAUGCCACCCAGCGCCCCCUCGCUGUCGCAAACAUCUUCAACGACCGCCUGACCCGCGCCCACAACCGCUACACCGCCCGCACAAUGACCGACCGCUACAGCAAAAACAAUCACUACAUCGGCUUCAAAAACAUCACCCACGACGCCCGCUGGGACAAUGAAGUCAACCCCGUCCCUCCCCCCCACCUCUGGUUCAAAGAAGACUUGCCCGCCCAUGGACAAACGCCUCCUGGAGCCCAAGACAGCGACGACGACUUGCAAAUCGCAAGGGAAACAAUCAGCACGAAAUGCCCCAUCACACUGCAAGAAUUCAGAGAUCCCGUGACUAGUGCAAAGUGUCCGCAUACUUUCGAAAGAGAAGCCAUAACCUCCAUGAUCGACAUGCCAACGAACAUCGUACGCUCAGAUGGCGCAAGAGCCGUGCAAUGUCCAGUAGCCGGCUGUCAAAGUAUCCUCACUCUGCAGGAGCUACGCAGUGAUCCCGUGCUGAAGCGCAAAAUCGCUCGCUUGCAAAAGGCGAAUAGAGAUGCAGAAGAGGAUAGUGAUGAGGAAGGGGAAGCAGGGGGACGGAAGAGGGCACAUAGUAUUGGGAGUGAUGAGGAUGGGGAUGGGGUGGAUGUUGAUGGUGUGCAGGAGACGCCUGUGCAGAGGUUGAAGAAGGAGAGGUUGAGUGGGAGGACGCCGAGGCCGAGUGCUGUGCCGACUGCUUCUGCUGGGAGGAGGGUUGGGAGGGGCGCUGUGUUGAGUAUUGAUGAUGAUGAUGAUGAGGAUGAAUGAAUGAACACAGGCACGCGAUUGACGGUAGCUAGAAGCUUUUGCUCCAAGAAGAGCAUGCUUGAUACAUUGAUCACACUGCCCUGCGAAAUCUGCCAAGUCGAAGUUUCUGCUGCGGUGCAUGUGAAACAAAGGACAUUUUGAAAUACAAUCUACAAGUCGCAUCUUGGGUGCCCUCUCUCACCACAUAUAUACCCCCCCUUCCAUUACAACGCUUCUACCGAGUCACCCCUCCCCAUCCCUCAAAUCGACUACAAAGCUCUAAACAAGUCUCUCCAGUCCGCUCUUUUCUUCCUCCCCUGCUCUCCCAUAUUCCCCUCCUCCAUCUUUCCACCAGCUAAUCCAGUAUCAACCCUCAACUCAGGCUUCCUCCUCUGACUCUGACUCUGUUGCACCCUCUGACCUGCCAUGGCUUU